AUAUAUAUAUAUAUAUAUAUAUAUAUAUAUAUAUGAGUGCGAGUGUGUGCUAUAAGGAAAAAAAAAAAAACAAACUUGCUUUUUCAAAGAGAAGGAAGCAUACCGCCAGGAGAGGAAAAACAAAUUCAAGCAAGGAAAAUUUCUCAAUUUAAAAGUGUUAAAGCUUUGGUUAUUGCUUGGUAAGAUGUCCUCACACUUUUAAAUAAGAUUCUUGAAGAAUUUAUGCUUUAAAUUGAUUGAACUUUGUGAAAUGAGAAAUUAGGGUUCAUGAUAAAUUUUAGAGAAAAUUAUAAUUGAUUGUGAAAUUGUGUUAAGAUUAUUGAAGUGAGUAGAGAAAGUAAGAAAUUAUGGUAAUUAAAGCAAAAUUUUAGGUGUUCUUGGAGAAGGGAUUUUUGAAAAAAUAAUAAUAAGAAAAAUAAAAAUUUAAGAGUUUUGAUAAGAUGAUGAGAUUGUGUAAGAAAGAGAUGAUAUUAAUGUUAAAGAGUGAAUAGAUCAUGAAAUUUUUUUAUGUUUUUUUUAUUUAAAUUACAGUAAAAAUUAAAUAAAUAAAUUUAAAGAAUAUAUAUAUUGAUUUGAAUGAUGAAAUUAAUUGUGUUACAAUGUGAAAAUCGGAAGAAUAGGUAGGAAAUUUACAAAAUGAUUUUAUUUUGGCAAAUAAAAGGAUAAUUAAAAUGAUUUUAUUUAUUGAGUGUUUCAAUAUGAAAAGUAGAAUAAUGAUGUGAUAUACUUGUCAAUUUAAGAGAGGCUGCCAGGCCAACACUACAGCAGGAAAUUUCAGCUCGAGCUUAGUCAUCAGGGAGGGAAACAAAUAAAAGAUCAUUUGGGCAAGGCAGGAAAUUAUACUGAACAUGAGUGAAGCAAACCAAGGUAAUAAUCCUGAUGCUUCAGCAAUUGUCCCUCUGAAACGCAGGCGUGGUCGUCCACGCAAGUACCCUAAAAUGGAUUUUGAUCAUGAGGCGAAUGCACAUGUUCCAGGGAUUCAAAAUCUAAACCAUGGAGAGAAUGCUCAUGCUCCUCCUGGAUUUGGAGUGGUCAAUAGUAAUCAGCCACAUCAAGGAGGUCCAGUUAACAAUGCAAUUGAUGCCAUGAUAGGCCAGUCAGUGUAUGGUGUCAUAGAAGCAACAUUUGAUGCUGGAUAUUUGCUGAAUGUCAGGGUUGGUGAUACAGAAACCACUUUGAGGGGUGUUGUUUUUAAGCCUGGACAUGACAUCCCUGUUAAUCCAGAAAAUGAUAUUGCCCAGAUGUUCCAAUGAUCAGAAGGAAUGAGAUUCCCCUUACGAGAGAAAGCAAUAAACAGAGGCGUUCGAGCCUCACGAUCGUGAGGCAUAAACAGGAACAGAGGCCAUCCUCUGGCUUUAUAAAAGCCAGAGAAGGCUACGGGGGAGGAGAGAGAGAGAGACCGAGAUAGAGAGGAGAAAAAAAAAAGGAACGAACAGAAGAAUACCAGGAAAAAAAAGAAGAUAGAGGACGCACGAAGAGAGAAAACUAGAGGCAGAAUCUCCUUCAAAACUCCAGCAACCGGACGAACUGGGAAGACCGAAAAAAUACCAGUAGAGAGAGAAGCAAACAAAACAGGAACAGGGACAGAAAAGAAGAGGGAGAGGGACCAGAGAGCACGAACAGAGAAAACAGAGUCAAAGAAUUGUUGCUAACAAUCCAAUACCAAUUGUCUUGGAUAGUCUGGUGUGGAAAUGAUUUUAAAUCAUGGUUACAAUCAUGAUUGUGCACCAUUCCCGGGCCUUAUAUGAUCCCAUUCCCAAGCAUUACCUGGUCGUGUUGGUUGUUGCAGUUGUGAAUUAUUAGCAACUCUAAGCAAAUUUUCAAUUAUCCACAUAUAUUUUUAUACUUUAUAGUAAUUCACUUAAAGACACAAUAAUAGUGCUUAUUGUUUGAGGUUGAGUGAAGAAGCGGAU